AUGUCUAGUCGUGGCAGUAAAAAGGCAGUGGAGAUUGCCCAGAAAAAUAUCCCAGAUGCCCUUGCUAGAUUAGAUAAGUAUAUUGAAGAUGCUGAAUCGUUGGACAGCGUGGCCAUCAAUGAAUUUGGCGAACAAUCGCAACAAAUAUUCGAAAUCAUUGGUCCAGAAGCAGCAAAAUUUGCAGAACAAAAGGAUCAACUGGAGGCAAAAAUUAAUAAAAAAUAUAAAGAACAGGAUGAGCUCUAUCGUGAACUUGGCAUCGUGCAAGUAAACAGCGCCUACUACUUAAUGAGUGCGUCUGAGAAAUAUUUAUCGGGUGUCCAGUGCGAUCUUGAUGCGACUAAACAACGGUUAAAUGAAUUAAACAAAAUGAACAUGGAUGUCGAAACCACUAUGAAGAAUAUUCCGCAAACAAGACAGAAAACUAUUACAACGCAUAACACAGUGGGCUGGUGGUUCUAUAAUUUUACUACCACGAAGACUUCGACAGUGACAUUAUGGCUUUGUUGCAAUACAACUAGGGCUGCCACCAGUCAUCCUUUGGGAGAAUUAACCAUCAAUAGGCCCCUCAAAAAACAAUCCUCCCAAGGGUCUCAGGAGGACAAUGAAAAAAAUCCAAACAGGGAGGCAGAUCUAAAGUACUACAAUAGUUUAGUUGCUGCACGAAAGGAACGCAUCAACAACAACCUUGCUGAUAGGAAUAAUAGGGAAGAAAGGACUAGAAUUAUAAAUGCUGAUCUGGCUCGCUACAAAAAUGACUACCAGGCUGCGACGACCGAGCUCCAAGGGUUGCAAAAAAAUUUUAAUUUGCAAAUGAAUGAGAUUAACGAGGAGAUCGAAAAGCUACGCGCAGAUAAAAAGAAUCUCGAUAAGCUUGAGUAUGCCGUGGUGCAAAAGAUUGGCUUGCAAGGAAUUAAAUCAAUGGUCAAAACGAACAUUGACUUGUUAUCUAGUGAUCGAGAUGAGGAUAUUUACCUAGCUGGCAGUUUGCUAAUUAAGCAAGUUGAGUUUCUGUCAAAUUAUACUUUGCAAGCUCAAAAAACAAUGCAGCCGUCAAUUGAGUACGACAUGGAUGAGUUGACCGGAAAAAUGAAAAACAAUGCAAUUACUGAUGAAUGAAAAUGAUUAACUAUUAAAAUUAAAUAUUAACUAUUUGAAAAAAUAAAAAUUGAUUUUGUUUAAUCUAUUAAGCAGG